AUGGAGGAAAUCAUCUACGACUUCUACUCUGAUCUCUUCGACAGCCAUGUCCACUUGCCUCCUCACCAUCUGAGGGAAGAUGGACAAGUCAUUCCAGAGGUUCUCCCGUCCGAAAUACGACAUGCUAUCAUGUCGGUAAGAAAUCGUACGGCACCCGGUCCCGACAGAAUAAGACCAGAACACCUGAAGAGCCUUCCGCCUGUACUCAUCAACACCCUUGCGAGGCUCUUUACACGUUAUCUGUCGGAAUGCAAGGUUCCUAAACAGUGGAAGACCAGCAAGACCGUGUUGUUGUAUAAAAAGGGAGAUCCACAUGACAUCGGCAACUAUCGUCCAAUCUGCCUACUGUCCGUCAUCUACAAGCUCUUUACAAGAGUAAUCCUUAAUAGGAUUGAAAAAGUCUUGGAUGAAAGACAGACAUGCGAGCAGGCAGGGUUUCGAAAAGGAUUCAGCACGAUUGACCACAUUCAGACUGUUUCGGAACUCAUCGAGGUAUCACGAGAGUACAAGAAGCCGUUCUGUCUCACCUUCAUCGACUUAAAGAAGGUCUUCGACUCAUUUGAGACGGAGGCGGCCGUGGAAGCUUUGGACAACCAAGGCGUCCCUACUCAGUACAUAAAGGUGCCUCGAGAGUUGUACAGUAACUUUAUUUCCAGAAUUUCGCCAUUCUACAGGAACAUCGUCAUUGACGUGAAGAGGGGGGGGGGGGGUGUCCAACAGGGUGAUACAAUUUUCACACCCAAAAUAUUCACAGCCACCCUCGAGAACGCAAUGCGAAAGUUGGAAUGUUACUACAUGGGAGUGAAGAUUGAUGGUCGGCAGCUACACCAUUUGCGCUUUGCUGAUGACGUCGUACUGAUAACACCUAGCAUCAGCCAAGCGGAACGAAUGCUGACCGAAUUCGACGAAACAUGUGAAUGCAUUGGUCUUCAGCUGAAUCUACAAAAGACGAUGUUCAUGCGGAACGGAUGGGUCUCGGAUGCCCCAUUCACGUUCAACAAAACGAACAUAUCCGAAUGCACCAGCUACGUUUAUCUGGGUCGGGAACUGAACAUGAUGAACGACCUGACCCCCGAGCUGGGCAGAAGGAGACGAGCGGCUUGGGGAGCGUAUAAGAGCAUCGAGGAUGUAAUGAAGAAGACCAGGAACACCCGGCUCCGUGCUCACCUCUUCAACACCACCGUACUUCCUGCUUUGACCUAUGCUUCGGAAACCUGGGCAUUUCGCAAGCAGGAAGAAGGAGGUGAACGUCACUGA